AUCAAGUUCAAGGCAAACCAAGAAGACGCACAUCAGCCACCUUGCUUGCAUCACCAUCAUCACCACCACCAUCGACCACGACAAGCAAGCUGACUUGACUGAGCAAGCGAGCCAGCAAUAAUCAGUGAAGCAAGCAGGCAAGUCAGCGAGCCGAUAUCAUCAACAAGCUUCAAACUUAACUUACAACCACCAGCAGCAGCAGCACCACCACCACAUCUACCACGCCACAUGAAGCCGCUUCCGUCUGUUGCGCAGUUGGCGGCGGCAGCGACGGGCAACGAUGUGAGCAGCGACGAGUUUGCCAAGGGCUUGCACUCCGCCUUCUUGGAAGGCAUGGCGGGCGCAAAAGCCAUGGCCACAGACGUCGUCCUGUUGAUUUGGCUGCGGACGGUGAUGAACAGGCAGUUCCGCCACGGCGGCGGCAUGGUGGAGACCAUCCAGAAGCUGUACAAGGAAGGCGGCGUGCGCCGCUUCUACCGCGGCUUCUCCUUUGCCAUUGUGGAGGCGCCCUUGUCCCGCGGCGUCGGCGCAGCCGCCAACUACGCCACCCUGCACAUGCUCAGCCGCAGCGACACCGCGCAGAACAUGCCACUCGUCAUGAAGACGGCGCUGUCCAGCCUCCUCGUCGCAUCGUUCCGCGUCCUGUAUUACCCGCUCGACACGGCCAAAACCAUCCUGCAAGUGGAGGGCGCGGAGGGCCUCUCCUUGCUCCGCCGAAAGGUGAAGAACCACGGCAUCAGCGUCCUGUACUACGGCGCUUCCUACGCCAUUGUCGGCGUUGCCGUCAAGCACACCCUGUGGUUCACCACCUACAACUACCUCACCGACCUGCUCGGGGCAUCCGCAGCGGCACGGCAGGCGCGUGCACUCCCCGAUCAGGACAUCCCAGACCCGGCCUUCUGGCAGCAGGUGCUGCAAAACUCCUUCAUCGGCCUCUCCUGUGCCGUCGUCACCAACAUCCUCGCCAACCCGCUCUCCGUCCUCAAGGCAUACAAGCAGUCGCACACAGAGUCUGUCACAUACACGCAGGCGUUUCGCCAGAUUGUCGGGCAGCACGGCAUUCUGCACUUGUUCAAGCGCGGCAUCAGCACGCGCCUGUGCGUGGAUGGCAUCAACAGCAUGGUCUUCACCGUCCUCUGGCGCUUCCUCGCCCCGCAGUCCUGAGCAGGGGAACCGCUCCACACGCACACCCCACACGCACCACGCACGUGCGUGAUGAUGACGGGUGGGGGCGGGGGCGUGUGAGGAUGAGCGCUGUCUUGGCAUUGGUACACACAGCAGUGAUUUGCACUCUCCGUCACACCCUCUCCACCACCGCCAUUUUCUGUGCUUGGCAUUUAAGAUCGUCUGUCCAUACACAUGGAGGCCCCAGCUUGUACACAGGCACGUGCUUAUGUGUCCCUUGACUCCUCCAUUUUUUGUCUAUUGAACCACUCUAUAAACAAUCACGUCACAGCGACAGUGACAUGAUGUGAUGUGACAACACAGGCA